AUGAAAUAUACUUGUGCAUUAUUUGAUUUAGACGGUACUUUAAUUGAUACAGAAUCUAUGUACGCUGCAAUUAAUCAAGAAUUUAUUAAUUUGUAUGGUGAUGGAAAGAAAUAUGAUUGGGAAACUAGAAAACAAGUUAUGGGAAAGUCAGCUGAAUAUGCUAAUCCAAUUAUUAUUAAAGCACAUCACAUUUCAAAGACUAAAGAAGACAUGGUUAAAUUUAAAAAAGAACGAUUAGCACAACGAUGUGAAGAAGUAAAACCAUUUCCAAAAGCAUUAGAAAUUUUAAAAUUCUUAAAACAAAAAGGAUUAAAAAUUGCUAUUGCUACAAGUAGUGCAAAAACAAUUUUUGAAACAAAAAUGAAGAAUAAUCAAGAAUUAUUACAAUGUGUUGAUGUAAUAGUUUGUGGAGAUGAUUCUUCUGUUCAUCACUCAAAACCUGCACCUGAUAUUUUUAUUAGAGCAGCAGAACUUUGUGGAGAAAAAGAUAUGAGUAAAACAAUUGUAUUUGAAGAUGCAGUCAAUGGAGUAGAAGCAGGACUAGCAUCAGGAGCAUUUACAAUUGCUAUACCAGACAUUCAUAUUAAAGAUGAUCCAAUAUUCAAUAGAGUCCCAAUAGUAUUAGAGUCUUUAAAAGAUUUUAAACCAGAGAUGAUUGGGUUAGAAGGAGAAAUUUAA